AUGACUUUCGUAAAAAUUACCGAACAGGCGUCGCUGCACGACAACCUGGAACAAAAAUCCGUCCGCGAGCUGCUGGAAGAGAUCAACGAAGAAGACCGGAAAGUCCCGGAAGCGGUCGGCAAGGCGAUCCGCAGAUCGAAAAACUGCCGGCACGAGCGGCCGGCUCGGCGUGCUGGACGCCUCGGAGAUCCCGCCGACCUUCGGGAUGCCGCCGACGCUGGUCGUCGGCCUGAUCGCCGGCGGCGACACGGCGUUGCGGAAUCCGGUGGAACACGCCGAAGACGAUCCGCAGCGGGGCUGGCAAGAACUGCUGGAACGGAAUAUCUCGCCGCUCGACACGGUGAUCGGCAUCGCGGCAUCGGGCACGACCCCCAACCCGGACUCCCCGCUGGCCGCCGAAGCCGAUAUUCCGAUCGAAAUGAUCGUCGGGCCGGAACUGGUCACCGGCAGUUCGCGGAUGAAAUCGGGAACCGGGCAGAAGCUGAUCUGCAACAUGAUUACGACCGCCACGAUGAUCAAGCUGGGCCGCGUCAAGGCAACCGGAUGGUCAACAUGCAACUGACCAACGACAAACUGGUAGACCGCGGAACGCGGAUGGUCGCCGACGAACUGGGGCUCGGUUACGAACAGGCCAAACGCCUGCUGCUGCUGCACGGAUCGGCCCGCAAAGCGAUCGACGCCUACCGCGAAUCGCAAAGCUGA